GCACCCCCGGUUUGACAGAGCAUUAUCAUCGAGGACCUUUAAAAAUACCCAACCGCCUUUGUUGAAUUGCAUACCCUGUCGUUAUACCCCCUCUCUCAUCAUGCGUUAUUUCACUUCUACCCUGGCUAUCCUGGCCAUCUCUGCAGGCUUUGCUGCCGCCGACGUAUCGUCUGCCGCUGUUGCGUCCGUCCCAACCACGGUCACCACCACUGGAUAUAAGUGCGCUGCUCAGAACAUCCUUGACUCCUGCCUGGUGACAGAGAAGAACCAACUAGCCACCUGCGAACCCAACGACUGGAAGUGUCUCUGCACCCAGAGCAACAAUGUCUUGACAUGCUACAACAACUGCCCCAACCACCCCGACCAAUUCGGCGCCGAACAAACCACAGACUCCUACUGCAACGCCGCCAAGGCAGCAGGUGACUUCAGCUCUACCACUGCCGAAGCGCCGACGAGCACCGUGAGCUCCGACUCGAGCUCUAAGACCAGCGGGUCGACGGCGACGACGACCGGCUCAGCGGACUCGAGCUCCGAUUCUUCCUCGGACAAGGACGACUCAUCCUCUUCUUCCUCGGCCACCAAGUCUGUCAGCGGCUUCUCGGCAGCGACUUCUCAGGGCGCCGCGCCGGGGCUGGCUAUCGACACCGGUAGCCUGCUGGCUGUCAUGCUUCUUGGUCUCGGUGCUGUGCUGUAAGCAACAGUCCGGAUGAGCCUUACGUUGAUGAGUGUGCUGGUUGGCACUGAAAAAAAUCUUGGAACUGAGUUAUGUCUUCUUUUUUUUAAUUCUCUUCUUCUUAUUGGUUCCUACUU